CUCUUCGCAGUCAUCGGCCUCCCAUUCGUCUUUAUCCUUCACUAGUCACGAAUCUGCCAUGAGCGCAAGGACAGCAUCGACAUCGCUUGCACAAGGAAUCAGCGGGCUUAUGAUCCUCGCGGAUCAAGUCGUGGACGAUGAAGUAGAUUCCUCUCCACGCUCUCUCGUUGUCAGCCAUGGGCGUGACAAAGAGAAAGAUGAAGCGAAGUCGAACCGCAAAAUUGCUGACUUGGAAAUAAGCAACCGAUCUCUUCUCGCCAUUAACUCCUCCCUGGAGGCUGCUAAACACCGCCAAGCGAAAGAAAUCAGAGACUUGCGGCGGAAAUUACGAGAAUCCCGACUUGCGCUCCCUCCGCGGGCAUUCCGAGCUCUUGCAGCCAGGGGUCCGAAUUCAUCGGUUGAGGAUGACUUGACGGUCGAUGAGGACGACGAGGACGAGGAAGAGGAGGAGGAAUUAGGCGACGAUGGCCUCGUCAAGGGCAAGGUAGCCGGCAAAGAAGAUGCAGCAUACUUGCGAGUCAAAGACAUGGUUCUAGACUUGAUCGCUCAUGGGAAGAGGGCAUUGGAGAGCAAAGCCGAGGACUUCAUGGAACAUAGAGGGACUAAAGUGCUCAGCGCGGAAGAAGUGCGCUCAUGGAGGAAGGAUUCUGAAGACGCGGAUAUGUCGUCGUCGGUCAUCGACACCAGCAUAGUGGACGCCGAUAACGAGGAAGAGGACGACCCCGAUGCCUCCUUCGCCUCUUUUGAUGACGUUGGACCUCGCUCGUCGACACCGCUAGGCUCCGGUGCCGGAAACGACAGCCUUGUAUCAGAAACAGAAGUGGAACACUCCUUGAUGGAAGGGAUGGUAAACUAUACCCCGCCUUCGCCUCCCAUAUCUAUCUCGCCCGCCUAUUAAUCGACGCUGCUUUAAGUAGACCCUAUGGCAUGGCACAUCUCAUGGACCACGGGAUAUGUACAAUUAUGCAUUCUGGAACGGC